AUAACCAGAGCUGUAGUCUGAAUCUGAAACUCUUCUCCUAUAUCGCUUGGGCGUGUCCUUCUCGCAUAGUCCUCGAUUUGCUUUCAUUGGGUUGAGGAGUUGAUCAUGUCCCGUUAUCCCGACUAUCUUUCCCCGGGAGGUCCGAAGUUGACAAAGGCUCAGAAGUCCCGGGCGCGACGCGAACCUUCAGGCGUCUUCCAGUUGUUCAAUGCCCCUCAGAUCCAGCAGUUCAAAGAGGCGUUCUCUCUCAUAGAUCAGGACAGGGAUGGGAUUGUGAGCGAGAAAGAUCUGAAAGAUAUCUUCGCGAGCCUCGGCUUGCAACCGUCGAGGAAGAUGCUUGACGAUCUACUCAGCGACCGACCAGGCACCCAUAGCAGAUCGCCGUCUGGUGAGGACGCGGACGACCGUGGCGGUAUCAACUUCACGAUGUUCCUCACCAUGAUGGGGGAGCACCUGUUCGAAUUCGACACCGAGGCUGAGCUGAUUGAGGCGUUCGAGUCAUUUGAUGAGAAUGAUACUGGCACUGUGAAAUGUGACGAAAUGAGGAAGUGGCUCUCAGAGGUCGGGGAACGGAUGGACCAAUCGGAGAUUGACCGCCUAUUGAAGGGCCCCUUUACGGACAGACAGGGUAACUUCAAUUAUCGAGAAUGGGUUAAGGUCCUCCGAGUCAACACGGAUCCCGACGAGGCCACCGAAGUGUCAUGACGGAUACUCCAGGACGUUUCGUUUCGUUGACAUAUACCCUGCUUAUUAUAGACUCGUACCGCACUGUGGGUUGAGAGAUGCAUGGACUCUGUGUAGUAUCAUAGCACCGAUAUGUUGUACAAUGUAAUUUCAAACUACAGCCAUUCGCCUUUCAAAGGCUCUGCGGGGAUCUUCUCCUCGUCCAUAGCGAGUUCCUUGAGGACGUCUUGAAUUGACUCAUCCUUUUCUUUCUCCGCAGUCUCGUUUAAUGCGCUUCCUCUACCUUCGCCCAAGCUCGUUUCCAGCCCAUCUUCACCAGACCUUGCUCCGAUCAGAAGCAGUUCUGCCCCUUCGUAGUCUAGCAGUUCCGGCCGGGUGACGCCUGAGAAACGCAAUCCAUAUGCCUCUGUACCUCUGGUGCCUUGCCCAAAUACUUCCUUCAUGACCUGUUCCGGAUAUUCCGCUCG